AUUUACCCCCGCAACCCCUCAUAUUCAAAAACAAGACCAAGACCUUCUUUCAAUAUGUGCAUGAAAGUGAACUGCUCGAACUGCAACAAAGCCACCUGGUGGGGCUGCGGCGCGCAUAUCCCCUCCGUUCUGGACUCGGUUCCGGAGAGUGAGCGCUGCACUUGUGCGCCCAAGGUGGUGCGCGAUGGAAAGGAGUACCCGCCUAAGGCGGAGAAAUGACUAUCUUCGGGGUGUGUUGUUUGUUAAGUAGAUUAGAGGGGGGUUUGGUGAUGAUGUUAUGGGAUGUUGAUGGGGCUAAUUCGAGUUUGUUCGGGGAUAGGACCGACUGGUAGUAGGUGGUAGAUACGUUUUAUGAUUAAUACAAGGUAUAAAUUUCUUCUGC